ACUAUUGGAUUGUUUACUGUAGUAUUAAUUUACUACUGAAAGGAUAUAUAAAAUUUGUGAUAAUAUAGAUAUACAGUAUAAUUAUGAAACCCAUCUGUAAAAAAUUAAUCAAAUUCGAACUUAUUGUCAAACCGUCGAACAGUAGUAUCAAUUGAUCGAUACAUUUGAAGGGAACAAUUGAAUGAUCUGGACGUCGAUGAUGACCAAAAUGAAUGACCAACAGAUAGUCUGUAACGUCAUUGUCAACGCACACGAGUGCGAGGGCUCUAUAGCCGAAGCCAAGGACUGUUUGCGGUCUGUUAGCCAUAAACUCGAAUGGUUUGAACGAAAACAACUGUUUUGUCCGCAUCUCAUAUCCAUUGAUGACUCGGCCGAAGUGAUGACACUCAUCAACAGAGUGGCCACCGAAGAGCUACCGGUAAUCGAUUACGACCACAAACUCAACUCUGGCCAGGAAUCAGAAGUAUCCAAUGAUUUGCAUCUCCGGGUGCGAGCAGUGGUCGAAAGUUUCAAACAGAUCAAGAAAAUGCUCCAACUUUUGUAUAACAACAUUGAGUUGAUUAUCAAAAAAGAGAAAUUAAUAGCUAUUUAAUUUCAAUAUAUAAUGUUGUUAUUUAUUAUACAUUAUAUAUAGUGCAACUAUUUUUCAGUUUUUUUUGUCAUUAAAUAUUUUAUUUGCACUAAUUUUGAUGUUUUUUCUCACAAAUAGAUUCUCUAUAUUUUUGUCAUAU